GGCAGGGGACUUUUGGGGUUUUGUAGUUCAAGUCACAUGGUGGUUGUCUGAGGGGGUUGAUGAUGUGUAAAGGCGGACGCUUGCGCAUAUUCAAGCAGUGGUCGGAUGUAUAUUAGAUGUUCAGUUACUCUACACCGUGUAGUGAAAUGACUGAUUAUUGAUUACACCAUCUGAAUAAGAUAAUGCACACAGGGUGGAUUUAAAAUAGUGGGACUAUUGAUUUUAUCAAAUUGGAAUUUCCACUUCUCUUGCCAAGUUUGCAGCAACAUUUGUCAUUCAUGAUCAGUUUUAGGUUUACACAAUUCAGGUUUAAUAGAAUGGCAACGAUGAAUAUGAAUUCACACAGAAGGGAGGUUUUUUUGUUGGGCUGUCGAGUCGUGUUUGAUAAAUGUUGGUAUUUCUCUGUAGAAUACAAAUGGAAUACCGCAUAUCACAUCAUUCAUCAGGUAUACCGCUACAUACAUCAUGGGUCUGUGUAUGUCAUAUAUUGUGUAACAUUUUUUUAAUUAAUUUAUCCCUGCAGACUACACAACGUCGUUUAGUAGUUAGCAAACAUUAUAGCAGCUCAUAGUUUCUAACCGCUAAACACAGGAAAAAUGUGAAAAAUCACAAAAACGUGAUUAAUCAUUAGCCUUUACCGUGAAGGAAAUUCCCCCCUUAGCCCUACGCUUCAUGCCGUCCAACUCUCCGUCAAUCUCAACUCCCUUUCCUGAGAGACUUCCCUGUCCUGUCCAUAAGGGAACCCUUAAAAAAGCAAGCUGCUUAUUGAGAUGGGACUCAAAAUUGAAACCCAACCAAACGGUCUGAUCCCCUGAACGCCCCUCUGCAGUGCGUGGUGUUCCUCUCGUGGUCAGAAGGCCACCGCGGCCCUCAUCUCCUGUGCUCUUGCCCUCCCAAACAUUCCAGCGCGUCAACACUGUGUGUCCGGUGGCGGCUCCCCUCACGUGUGAUGAUCGCAACAUGGAAACUAAUGGCUUGGUGAGGUCUCUGCACUUUUCCACAGAAAUGUGCUACGGAGUCCAAGCAGGAUAAGUCACGCUGCAGAGAGAUAAGGACAUCAGACAAAUCACUCACACAACCACACACACAAACACACACCCAGACACACACAAUCAGGCGCACUCAUGCACACACACACACACAUGCAGGUGCACGCAUGCACACGCACACACACACAACAGGAUAUUAUGGGACAUUUUGAUAUGGGCCCGUUGCCAGAUAGCAGGGGUUUGGUUCAGCUGUGCGUAGCCAUAAAUUCUGUGAACAGUGCACACAGACAUACAUGCAUGCACACACAUGCACCCACCCACACACCCACAAAGACACACAAUACAUUUAAUUAAAGCUGAGGCUGGUGGCGUCUGAGGAAGGGGGUUCUUGGUCCCUCCUCUCCCCUCAGCCGGUCGUACGUCUUGUUUUAGUGGCACUUUGAUGACCAGCGCACGCGGCGGUCCUCUUUGGGGAAGACCAAAGGUGCUUUCUCUGUUAUUCAGUUAAUUUUCCAGUGCUUUCUGGUCGGUGAGGCUGUGUGGAUGUUUUGUAUGCACUCUGUAAACUCCUGUCUAGAAUGUUAACACAGAGCUUAUGUGUUUUUUUUUUUUUCUGUUUCUGUGUGUGUGUGUUUAUGGGUGUGCGUGUCUGUGUGCGUGUGCUGUUGCAUGCAUCGGAUGCAUUGAAUACUUUGAUUAUAUUGGCUGAUUACUGAUCGUAAUACCAGGGCUGUUGUUCAUCAGUGAAUGUGUGUAUGUUGAUGUCUACAACACGACGGAUGGACAGGUUGCCUUGGUGGGGUAUUGUUCUGUAUGGGUCCGUCCGUCUGUCUGUUUGAAGCAAUGUACCGUGGACACUCCCUAUUGUUUCAGAUUGGCCCAGGAUCACGGUUUGUUAUCUUGCUGGUUAUACAAUAUCAGAAUGAGAAAACCAGAAAGGAAAAUUAAGAAAGAAACACAUUAAUGUAGCCUCCCUCAUAUUCUGUUUCCUGGAGCUACUCAAGACAGUUUUUGUUCCAAAACUUGCUUGUGCAAGUUGUCGAUAAACUCGUUGCUCAUACUCAUUGUAUUCUUCGAUUGCUUUCAGCUUCCCUUUUCAAUCACUUUUGAUAAAAACAUCUACUAAACGGACUGACUGAGUCAGGGUCGGUGCUGGUGGGGCAGCAGGAACAACGAGGGAAAGGAUCCAAAUGCAGACUUGUACUUAACAAAAGGGACGUGAGUGACAAAAGGUUUUUUUAACGAAGAAAUUCAAAAUAUGCAUUCCAUGAACAGGCAAAAUAAACACUACAAUUUGGGAACCAUAAGGACAAAGAGACAGGAGAAAACAACAAGGGACGACAAGGGAGUGAUGAGGGGAAAAAAGGAAGUGAAAUUGUAUGUAUGGGGAGGGACAGACCGGGGAAUGAUUGACAAGGACGCACUGGUGAGGGGAAUGAAGUGGUUGGGACAGUCUAAGGACAUCUUGUGGACAGGGGGAGAACAAACACUAAACAAGACAAAGACAAAGU